CCAAGCCCAAACCAAAUGCUGUCGGGUCGAUAAUCGAACCCGAAUCAGACCCUCUUUCAAUAUUUCUUCGAUCCCAACUCCGCUCGAGAUCGUAGCCAGAAGCUAAUUCCUCGGGUCAAAGAGAUCGAGCAAAAAUAAUUUUCCUUCAACUUUAUGCCAAACAGGCAGUAAAAGGCACAAACAUCAGAAUGGAACUAGCAGACAGGGCAGUUGGGUUUCUAUUAUCUUUCGUCAGCAUAUCCAUAUUCACGUAUUAUACUUUUUGGGUCAUCAUUCUGCCAUUUGUAGACAGUGAUCACUUCAUCCACCAGUAUUUCCUCCCGCAAGAGUUCGCCAUACUAAUACCUGUAUUUGCCGGUGUGGUGCUUCUUUGUUUCUUAUGCGUAUUUGUUGGAUUUGUGAUGCUAAAAUCCAAAAAGAAGAAGGCUUGAUGGAAUCAGUUUAGUCAUUUAUUUUUUAGUUCUUUUUUUAGAAAAAAAAAGACCCAUAGAGCUUAUACUUUUCUUACUCCCCCAUCCCUCCUUUUUUCCAAUAGAUUUUGUGACGAUAUGGACGAGAAUUUUAAUUGAGAUUUGUUGCAGCUUGCAGAUUUUGUAUAUCUCUAUCGUUUCUUAUAAUAUUGGAAGCUCACAUUUUAUAUAUUAUCUUAGGAUUGAAGCUCAGUUUGGAAAAUAAUAGAGAUGAACCACUUCAUGUUCUGCAUUUUGC